AUGUAUGAAAAUUCAGGAGCCCAGCAGGGGAUGCCCCAACAACCAACAAACCUGCAGUCUAAUCCAUUUGGCAAUGCAUUUUAUGGUGCCAGCUCUGGGCUUAUACGGGGUGGACUGGGUGCAUAUGGUGAGAAAAUUCUGGGGUCAGGUUCAGAGUAUGUCCAGAGCAAUGUAAGUAGCAAGAUGAAUUAG